AUGGAUACUAUGGUGAAGCAGUCUCUGGCGGUGCCCAUGAAGAAGCUGUCUAGCUGUGUGACAGGAGUGAAGGAGAGAGAGGUGUGGGCCAGGCGCAGGGCCAAGAGGGGGACAGGAGGAGUAAAGAGCAGCCCUCCACGGAUGGGACAGACCUCCGUCAUACGCUCCUACCAAACUGACCUGGAGAAGGAGAGGAAGUUGAGGGAAGCCCUGAAUGCUCAGAAGCACGCAGAGAGAGCCGCCAUGAGGGAUCACUUCAGGAAGAAGUACAUGCUCUCCAAGAGUUCCAAGGACACCAGCCACCUGAGUGCGGCGCAAGGGAAAGUGGCACUCCCCCGUCAACUGGCUAAACUGAUUGGUCCUGAGACCCCGGCCAAGGACGAUGGCUACAACCUGCUGAGCGCCUUCCAAGGCCUCAACUUCAACAUGGGGAUGCUUGGAGGCAAGCAGACCAAGUCGCCCACUCCAAUGUCAGUCAACGGAGAGGCCUGCAAAGUCAUGUGA